UGAAAAAAAAAGAAGGACAAAGAAGAACAAAACUGAAAAGUCUCCUUUCCCGUUUGGACACAACUACUGUGCUGCGGCGUCAGUCAUCAUGGCAGCAGGAGCAGCACUACUGGAGUGUGUCCCUAACUUCUCCGAGGGCCGCCGGAAGGAAGUAAUCGAGGGGAUUGCGGCGGCAGUGAAGUCAGUGAACGGCGUGCAGCUGCUUGAUGUUGAUCCCAGCGUGUCUGCUAAUCGGACUGUGUACACGUUUGUCGGUGGACCGGAGGAUGUUGUAGAAGCAGCACUGCAUGCUUGUAGAGUUGCUCACCAGCUGAUUGAUAUGAGCGGGCACAAAGGCGAACACCCACGGCUGGGAGCGCUGGACGUUUGUCCAUUCAUCCCGGUUGCCAACGCCUGUAUGGCGGAUGCGGUCAGGUGCGCCAACGAGUUUGCCAGGCGGCUGGCUGCGGACUUGCACGUACCAGUGUACUUGUACCAGGAUGCUGCAGUGAAAGGCCCUCACCGUGUCUCGCUGCCAUCAAUCCGGGCUGGGGAAUAUGAAGGUCUUGCUGCCAAGAUCAAGCUGGCUGACUGGGUUCCAGACUACGGCCCCGCUGAGUUUGUGCCAAGCUGGGGUGCCACAGUGUGCGGUGCUCGGCCAUUUCUUAUCGCCUACAAUGUCAACAUGCUCUCGACCAAAGAGCAGGCACACCGCGUGGCCUUGGAUAUACGCGAGCAGGGGCGUUCAAAGGAUGAGCCGGGCAAGUUCAAGUCCUGCCGGGCUAUUGGUUGGUACUUAAGUGAUGAGAACAUGGCGCAAGUAUCUAUCAACCUGACUGACUUCACAGUCACCUCCAUGCACCAAGUCUAUGAGGAGUGCAAGGCCAUCUCACAGUCGUUGAGUCUGGCGGUGGUUGGCUCACAGCUAGUUGGUCUAGUUCCCCUGCAGGCCAUGCUGGACAGUGCCAGGCACUACAUGCACAGCGAGAACCUCUUCAUCACCGACGAGGCACAGCAGAUACGCCUGGUUAGUUUUGCAUCUUUAUUACUGUAA